AUGAGCGCGGGCUGCGGGCGGGACCAGCCCUGCAAGAGAGCCCGGCUCAGCCCCGGCGGCGGCUCACGGGGAGAGCAGCGGCCGCCGCUUCCCGACGGCUGCCUGGAGUGGCCCGGGGGGGACUGGUCCGUCACCGCCGUGGGGAACAAAGCUUGUAAACAACGGACAAUUACCACUUGGUUGGAGAAUAAAGGACCCAAGACAACUGAGUCCCGAAGCCUUCAAAGCAAAAUUAAUAACAAUACUGAAGAAAAUACCAAGAUGACUUCUGUUAAAAAAGAAAACGUUUGUGAGCAUGAUGUAAAACAGCUAGAGAAUAUUUGCCAGCAGAAUUAUCCAGAAGUAUCUGGGGAAGUUGGCACAAAGCAUGUAAAUUUGCCUCAGACAGGCAGCAUAUGUAACUGGGAGGCUGAGGGCAGAGAUCCGGUCUCAGACAGAGUGCCUGUGAAGGCAGAACAGACUGGAGAGGCCUUUAAAAAUGCCAACAUCGAUCAGAUGCACAGAACUGGCAAGGAGGCUCAGAGAGGCUGCGAGGAAAGUGGUGACAUUUGGACUCAGAGGAAACGGUUGUCUGGCCAGUCUUUGAAAAUGGGAAAUACAAAACUUUCUUCAAAAGAUACCGAGACAGAUGGGCAGGUGGUUUUGUGCAGCUCACAGAAGCUGAGGAGCUGCGAUUCUGUUGAUACAGGUGAACAAGAAGAAGGGGAUGUCAUUCCAGAAAGCCCACUUUCAGAUACUGGCUGCGAUGCUUGUGUAUCCCGUGUUGGAGGUCCUGAGAAACUGAGCAAAUGUCGAAGUAGUUCAGGGGAUUCACCUGCUUUUGAGAAAGAAAGUGAACCAGAAUCACCCAUGGAUGUGGACAAUUCCAAAAAUAGCUGUCAUGGGUCAGAGGCUGAUGACGAAACGAGUCCACUUCUUGAUGAGCGGGAGGAGAAUCAUAUGGCCAAAUCUGUAAGCAGAUCUUUCAGAAUUCAGUACGGGGAUGCUGAACUGGAGUCAAGGAAAUCACGGUUUUCUACUAAGGGUUGUGAAGACUUUGAGGGAAUAGAUAAUUCUGUCAAGGAUGAUGGUCUGCAUAUAAAACCACCUGGGAUCUGUCCUGCUCCAUCAUCGGAAAGCAAAGGUGCAAAACCAGGAGUGAAGAAAGACUCCAAAAUCACCUCUCAUUUCAUGAGGAUACCUAAAAUGGAAGAGAAAAGCAGGAAAGAUAAAUGUGAAUUCAGAUCUCAGCGAGUGGGAAGGAAGAUCCCUAAGUAUGUGCCACCACCUCUUCCAACUAAUAAGAAGUGGUUUGGGACGCCGAUUGAAGAGAUGAGGAGAAUGCCCAUGUGUGGGGCUCGUCUUCCACAUCUGAGACCCUCAGGCAAUCAUACAGUAACUGUCAGGGUAGACCUCCUGAGGGAAGGAGAGGUGCCUAAACCAUUUCCAACUCACUACAAAGAUUUGUGGGACAACAAACACGUUAAAAUGCCCUGCUCAGAACAAAAUCUGUAUCCUGUAGAGGAUGAGAAUGGAGAUAGAACUGCUGGAAGUAGAUGGGAGCUAAUCCAAACUGCCUUACUCAACAAAUUUACAUGCUCGCAUGAUUUGAAGGAGGCUAUUCUGAGAUACAAUGUUGCAUAUGCCAAGAAGUGGGACUUCACAGCUCUCACUGAUUUCUGUGACAAGGUUCUUGAAGAUGCAGAGGCCCAGCAUUUAUUCCAGUCAAUUCUUCCUGAUAUGGUCAAGCUGGCACUCUGUCUUCCUACCAUCUGCACACAGCCAAUACCUCUACUGAAACAAAAGAUGAAUCACUCCAUCACAAUGUCACAGGAACAGAUUGCUAGUUUUUUGGCCAAUGCUUUCUUCUGUACUUUUCCACGUCGCAAUGCGAAGAUGAAGUCUGAGUAUUCCAGUUAUCCAGACAUUAACUUCAACAGAUUGUUUGAAGGACGGUCACCAAGGAAGCCUGAGAAACUUAAGACCCUUUUCUGCUAUUUUAGAAGAGUCACAGAAAAAAAACCUACUGGAUUGGUGACGUUUACAAGGCAGUGUCUCCAAGAAUUUCCAGACUGGGAAAGAUCUCAGAAAAAGCUGUCUAGAUUGCAUGUCACCUAUGAGGGCACUAUUGAAAGCAAUGGACAAGGCAUGCUACAGGUUGACUUUGCAAACCGUUUUGUUGGUGGUGGUGUCACCGGGGCAGGAUUGGUACAAGAAGAAAUUCGGUUUUUAAUCAACCCAGAGCUGAUUGUAUCAAGGCUCAUCACUGAAGUACUGGAUCACAACGAAUGUCUUAUCAUCACAGGUACUGAGCAGUACAGUGAGUAUACAGGUUAUGCAGAAACUUACCGGUGGGCAAGAAGCCAUGAAGAUAAGACCCCAAGGGAUGAGUGGCAGCGGCGCUACACUGAAAUUGUUGCCAUAGAUGCAUUUCACUUCAGACGUUUCCUUGAUCAGUUUGGUCCGGAGAAAAUCAGAAGAGAGCUCAACAAGGCCUACUGUGGCUUCUCUAGACCCAAUGUUCCACCGCAAAAUCUCUCUGCAAUAGCCACAGGAAACUGGGGAUGUGGUGCCUUUGGAGGGGAUUCCAGAUUAAAAGCCUUAAUACAGAUAUUGGCAGCUGCUGAGUCUGGACGUGAUAUUGUUUAUUUUACCUUUGGAGAUGUGGAGCUGAUGCGAGAUAUUUACAGUAUGCAUACUUUUCUCUGUGAGAAGAAUCAAACUGUUGGGGAUGUUUAUAGGCUGCUACUCAGAUACUACAAUGAAGAAUGCAGAACCUGUUCUACUUCAGGACCAGAAGUGAAGCUGUACUCUUUCAUAUAUAACACCAUUGAGUCCUAUGCAGAUUCUACAGAUGAUGAUGAAGAAAAAGGGUUGUGCUUUGAUGAUUAAGAUAAAUGUGUUUAAUUGGAAUAUUGUUCAACUCCUCCCACUCGUUUGAAUUGCUGAGUGGAAAGUAUGACUUGGAUAACUUAAUAUAUAUUGAUUGCAUUGGUAGUUAUCAAACAUCCAAAAAUCUACCUUUGAGAGGCAUGAUAGCUUGUUUGGUGGCUUCAUACAUGGAAACUUGUUCAUGUGUGUACAGAGAGGAUUUCUCUGGUAAAUCUGGUUUGCUUUACACCUUUGUUUAGCAGGAGGUUUUAUAAACACUUGUAUUUUGAUCAAGAUAUUGCUGAAAGAUUUCAGAAGAUUUCUCUGUAUCUAGACUUCUUGCUAAGCCUAGUGCUGGAGUACGUGCAGCCAUAUAACCCCCAGAAUGAGCUUAGAGAGAAACUUUGUAAUUACUGUUCUUAUUGACAGUUGUAACAAUUUGAUUACCUCCUUAAGACUGCCGUGGUACUUCCAUUGUUCUUAUCCAAAUUUUCCUACAUUUGGUUUAAAACGUCCUGGUUUUGAUAUACUUUGUAAUAAAUGGCUAAAUGUGAA